UUCGCAAAAGUCAAAGAACACAAGCCAAAUCAGUCAUUCCUUGUCUUAAGCAAAUCGUUUUCAAGAUUGAGUUUUGAUGCUUGCAUCUAUUGCUUUGAAUUGAGCCUUUAGCGUUCAUUUCUUGUAUAUUUAAUUGCAGUUGCCAUUGAAUUUUUUCGAAAUUCUUAGUUUAAAGAGCUGCAGCUCUAGGUUAGAAUAGCCUUUGUUUCCAAAAACGUUUUAAACAUUGUUUCUAGCCUAUCCAGCUGAAUCUACUUGCAUUUGAAGGUUUUCAUUCAUUCAAAGUUGAUUGAGUGCCAGAGAAGAGGCUUUGUGAGUUCAAUAGAGGGUAAAAGCCAUUAAUUUUGAGUGCAAACAUGAGUGGUAAAAAAAGAGCGACAUCUAUUAAGUGAAAACACUUAAGUGCUUGUGAGGUCAUUUACAUAUCAUUUGAAACUUGGAAUUGACGAAAUAACCUUGUCUACGAGUUUUUGUGGCGGAGUUGAUUAUCAUGGCUGGUGAAGGUAAUCCAUCGAUGGGAAAAUUGAGUGACAACGCUCUUGAUGUUCUCAUGGAUCAAUUCUCUCAAUUUUGGCAAGCUGAUCAAUCCAACAUCAAUGCACGUCUGCCCGUGGUGGAACGAAAUCCAGAAAAAGUGCUAAACGAGAGCAAGAGAGGGCGGAGCAAGAAAGAGUUAAAAGAGAAUGUAUUGAGCAAACUCGAAAAGAACAAGAAAGACUUCUUCGAGAAAGAAAUCAUCAACAUCAUCCUCAUUUUGGUGGAAGAAUGCUACGAAGAAAUGUCAUUUCUCAUCAACAUCGAGAAGAAUAAGAGAGGUUCCAUGACGAAUAUGAAGAAGAAGGAGAACAACCUAGUAAAUCACCACAUAAUAGUUGAAACUUGUCCGAGUUACAUUUCAGACCAGACACCUUAUAGAACAUAUCUAGAACCCGACAAACACCAGCAACUCCACGAAUAGAACCAUUUGUAAAUACAAGCAAAUCAUCAGCAAAACACAGGUGUGUAAUUGGUAACGGUUGACACUUGGGAUGAAAGGGAAUCUGGUUCUGUCUGGCUGCCAUUUUCAACAUUGCAUCAAGUAUCUCCAUUGAAACCGUAAAAAGGUAGGGGGACAAUGGGUCCCCUUGCCUAAGACCGCGUUUCAUAUAAAAAAAAACCCACAGAUACCUCCAUUUAAGCCUACACUGAUCUUAGGACCACAAUGGGUCCCCUUGCCUAAUCCACUUAAGAAAUAGAUUAGGGAACCCCAUCAUCGUAAGAAUAGAGAGAAGGAAAGGCCAAUCCACAGAAUUGAAGACCUUCAUAAUAUCAAUCUUAAUAGCACAACUGGGAGUGAUAUGUUUCCUAUGAUAAUCCUUAACUAUUUCUGAAGCCAGCAGAAUGUUAUCACAAAUUGACCGACCUUUGAUAAAAGCAGAUUGGAAUAGGAAGUUAGAGAAGGCAAGACAGCUGCUAACCUGUUAGCCAUAAUCUUUGAAAUCCCUUUGUAGAUAGUGUUGCAACAUGAAAUGGGACGAAAGUCCUUCAUUUGCUCAACAUUUGGGAUUUUAGCCACUAAAGUGAAGAGAGUGGAGUUAAUAAUGCGAGGCAUAAUACCAGAUUGAUAGAACUCCAAAGCCACCUCUUCAACCAAACCACCUAUUAGACCCCAAAUAAGUGAAUAAAACUCUGAUGGGAAACCGUCUGGACCUGGGGCCUUAUCCCUUCCAGUGACUGGGGCAACCAAAGAAAGAGCCUCCUCUAGUGAAAGCUUCUUGAGCAAAAGUUGCUCAUAAAAGCUAGAAGGUUUGAUAAUAACAUCGUGGUUUACCUCUCUAAUCAACUUCUUGUAGAAAUCCACCGCAACUUGUCCCAUUUCCUUGAUAUUAGUCACCUCAUGUCCUUGGGAAUUGAGCAAUCUUGUAAUCUGCUGGCGAUGAGUAUUGACUUUCACAGAGCGAUGAAAGAAAGAUGUAUUCAAAUCCCCCUCUUGAACCCCCUGUACUCGAUCUUUUUUCUUAUAAAACCUUUCCUCAGCCUUCUGCAAUUCUUGACAUUUAGCAGCAAGUAUUCUUUCUUCCUCCACAUAACAUUACUUUCAUCAGGCGCAGUAAGAAGAAUAGUUUGCAACAUCUCUAAUUGAGUCUCACAGGCUCGAGUUUGCACAGAUAUAUCCGAAUAAACUUCCCUGUUAAGCUUCUUCAACUUCAAUUUUACACUUCGAAGUUUACCAUAAAACACAAAAUAGGAAUAACCCUUCACAUCAGUACUCCAAGCUUCUGUAACUAGGUCAUAACUUAAAAUUAUACUCAAGUUACUGUAGGAUGUCCCUUUAAAUUUUAGGGUUAAUAUAUUUGUAUAGCCUGAACUUUGCAUAUAAUAAACAUCCUGCCCAAUC